GGUGAAUGUUAACAGCUCUGCCUCUGCCAACAGCAUAGACAAUCGGUCGGAGCUUUUCGCAGCUGUGUGUUUUGGAAACAAGUACUAUUUCUGCUUAUACAAAUAAUUGGGGGAUAUUAGAACUUAACUUUUAGUCUAAUAUAUACUAUAAACGAUGGCUAUGGUAAACGAAGCACGUAUAGCAUUGAACCGUGUGGGGAUAAUCGCUGGACGGCAGCAGUUGCGUUCACUCACUUCUGGUAAGCACUUGGACCAACAAGCCCAACCCCAAGAGGCAAAGGCACCCCAAAUCAAAAGCUUUCAAAUCUAUCGCUGGAAUCCGGACAAUGCUGGAGAGAAACCCUUUAUGCAGACAUACGAAGUCAAUCUGCGCGAAUGCGGCCCCAUGGUCUUAGAUGCUCUGAUUAAAAUUAAGAAUGAAGUUGAUCCUACAUUGACUUUCCGGCGUUCAUGUCGUGAGGGAAUUUGCGGUUCAUGUGCUAUGAAUAUCGGCGGAAUAAAUACUUUGGCUUGUAUUAGCAAGAUCGACACAAAUCUUUCGAAGCCGCUUAAAGUGUAUCCCCUACCACAUAUGUAUGUAGUUCGGGACUUAGUGCCUGACUUAAACAACUUUUAUGAGCAGUAUCGGUCAAUUCAACCAUGGCUACAACGCAAAAAUGAAGUUGGGGAAUCAAAGGGCAAGGCACAAUACUUGCAAUCUGUGGAAGACCGAUCAAAACUUGAUGGAUUGUAUGAAUGCAUUCUGUGUGCUUGCUGCUCAACCUCGUGUCCGUCGUAUUGGUGGAAUGGAGAUAAGUACCUAGGACCAGCUGUGCUGAUGCAGGCAUACCGUUGGAUUAUUGACUCGAGGGACGAAAAUACCGCAGAGCGUUUAAGCAAAUUAAAGGAUCCCUUCAGUGUGUACAGAUGUCAUACAAUCAUGAACUGCACACGCACUUGCCCUAAAAAUCUGAACCCUGGUCGCGCUAUCGCUGAAAUCAAAAAAUUACUUUCAGGAAUGGCAAGCAAACCCGCACCGAAACUUGAUACAGCAGCUUUGCAUAAGUAAAUACUGCGUACAUAUGUAUGUAAAUGCGAAACUAAAAAUGUUCUAAUCCAAAGUCAAACUUUAUGCUUAACUCUCACAGCCAAGUUGUUUUUGUUUUUUUGUUUUCAUUUUAAUCGGCGAAAAAUUUAAGGUUAUUUACUGUACUUAAAAAAUUGCACCUGUUUUUUCAACUCAUCUUACGAAAUACAAUUUUUAAUUGAGCGACCUUAUAUCCAGCAGUUGCAUUCCAUUUUUUGCUGCAAGAGUGCCAUAUUCCAAAAUCGAGUUAAAUAAAUACGCAGAAAUAUA